ACCAUCAUCGUUCGAUCAUCCACCAACUCCUCAUCAAAUUCCUUUUCUUCAUUUUAACCAUUUGUAACCAUUGCGAUGACACAAAGAGCAGGACAUAAUACUGUACUGGCACUAAAUGAGUGGACAUUUCGGGCGUGGGAAAAUGGGGGUCCAGUUUCUCAUGUUUUCCCCAGGACACAAAGACAGCGCUCUCGCCAAAAGCCAGACUACAUUGUUUCCGCUGCCACACCAUCUGCAGGUGGUGGCGUGCCUCUUUGAGAAACAUGUGCUUCAUUGUUGUUGACCUUUCACUAAAUGAUAUCGAUAAAGACUGAUGAUGGGGAACUGCACUCUGAGGAUUCAUGAUAGGACAUGCAUUAAUUCAAUUUCCCAAAAUGCCAGACAAUCAAAAAGCAUUACUGCCUUAUUCUUUUAGUCUCUUGCAUGUGCGUUCACACGAGGGUCACAAGGUGCUUUGUUUUUUUUUUGUGUGUGUUUGCGACCCGAUAAAGAACAACCAUCAAGAGAUGCCUGUAGAAGAAAGACAAGAAGCAGAGGUAGAAGUUGAGGAUGUUCAGGGUCUAGAAGGGCUAGAAAGUGGUGAGUCAGAGGACAAAUCAUGAAGUCUGGCGAUAGAGUCAAGGAGGAGUUUUGGGUUCCAAAGUCAUAUUCUGCAUUGAGUUUCCAUGUGGUCUGUGUGGGUAUUCUGGGGUCCAAAUGUUGCGAUGAAGUGUGAAUCACAACAGUUGCACAAAUAGCCAUCUUAAUUUCUCAUCAUUUGAUCUGCCUCAACUCUGACUCGACUCAUCUCUCUCAUGCUUCCAUGUUUCUGUUGCCCUCUAGUGGAUAACUUGAGCCUGAAAAUUGGCCAUUCUCAACCACCUAAGCACCUUUGGCAUUUGGUGGGGGCUCCUUGUGUCACGGGAAAGUCCUUGUUUACUUCCUUUGAGUGGGUGCAUCGGUGGUGAUGGGAAUACGCGGCUCGGGAAUAAUCUGGAAUAAUGAGAUCAAAAAAAUAAGGGGAAGGGGGUUUCCCUGGUCACUGUCCCACGUCAGCGAGGGCAUUGAAUGGCUGACGGCUGCAUACCAACCCUCCUUCUUGGUCUCAGUGUGUUCACAGCCCUGUUUCUGUCCAGCCGAGGCUAAAUAUAAUUCCCCAGUUUGCAAAUGUAGCACAAGUCCUGCAACCUGACCCCUAACCAGCUCCGGCUCCCUUCCUCUACACAAGGUUCACGUUCCUCCGGGUUGUGGAAGUGGGGGGUGGGCUUGUGUGUGCGAGAGGGAGCGAGAGAGAGGUUGGAGGUUAUGAGAGAGCUCUUCUAGUUUCACACCUGAGCCACUCUUUUCUGGAUUUGUCUCCUCACACACACACACACACACACACACACACUCACACACACUCACAAACACACAUGUAUACUUGAGCACUUGUCAGACGUACAGACCCACACUAGUGUCUCACACACACAGACACACAGCAUACGGACACAAACAGAAAUUGACUAUCUGUGGACUGUGGCUUUGCCCCCUGGGUUUGCCGUGGUGGAGUUAUGGAGAGAACCGAGAGGAUUCAAAGGCCCGUCGUGGGCUCGGCAGACUCCUACACCAGCCGACCUUCAGACUCUGACGUGUCCCUAGAGGAGGACCCUGAGGCUCUGAGAAAGGAGGCAGACAGACAGGCUCUCGCCACGCUCGAAAAAGCAAAGACCAAACCUGUGGCGUUUGCUGUGCGGACAAAUGUGGGUUAUAACCCAGGACCCAGUGAUGAUGUUCCGGUGCAAGGCAUGGCCAUAUCGUUCGAAGCCAAAGACUUCCUGCACAUUAAAGAGAAAUACAACAAUGACUGGUGGAUUGGUCGCCUCGUGAAGGAAGGCUGCGAGGUGGGCUUCAUACCAAGCCCUGUCAAGCUGGAGAACACUCGUCUCUUACAGGAACAGAGGAUGAGGCAGAACCGACUCAGCUCUAGUAAAUCUGGAGGAAGCUCAAGUCUGGAUGUUGCCACAGGCACCCGCAGACCCACCCCACCUGGCACAGCUCACGUGGACAUGUCCACAGUGGCCUUUGACGUUGACCCCCUCGACCUGGAUGCCGAGGAGCUCCCAGAGUCGCAGGGUGACCCUCGCUCCCCCAAGGGCAUGUCAGGCAGUGUAACGUCCCCUCAGGCCAACGCCCACCGACUGCCCUUCUUUAAGAAGAUGGAGCACGUCCCCCCGUAUGACGUGGUCCCUUCCAUGAGACCCAUCAUCCUGGUCGGCCCAUCACUCAAAGGCUACGAGGUGACGGACAUGAUGCAGAAGGCGCUCUUUGACUUUCUGAAACAUAAAUUUGAGGGCAGGAUAUCCAUCACGCGGGUUACGGCUGACAUCUCCUUGGCAAAACGGUCAGUCCUCAAUAACCCAAGCAAGCACACCAUCAUCGAGCGCUCCAGCACCCGCUCCAGCCUGGCUGAGGUGCAGAGUGAGAUCGAGCGCAUCUUUGAGCUGGCCCGGACCCUCCAGCUGGUGGCUCUGGACGCAGACACCAUCAACCACCCGUCCCAGCUAGCCAAGACCUCCCUGGCUCCCAUCAUUGUUUACAUCAAAAUAGCUUCACCUAAGGUUCUACAGAGGCUUAUUAAAUCCAGAGGAAAGUCUCAAGCCAAACAUCUAAAUGUGCAGAUGGUUGCAGCCGACAAGCUGGCUCAGUGUCCUCCGGAACUGUUUGACAUCAUCCUGGAUGAGAACCAGCUGGAGGACGCCUGCGAGCACUUGGCCGACUACCUUGAGGCCUACUGGAAAGCGACGCACCCUCCAAGCAGCAACCCGCCGAACCCCCUGCUGAACCGCACCAUGGCCACGGCAGCGCUGGCCGCCUCCCCCGAGCCCGUCUCCAACCUGCAGGGGACGAACCAGGUCCACGUGGAUCUGAAGCGUGACGGGCCCCUGUCGGAUGGCGGAGGCAGCGGCGCUCACAGUCAGGGCGAGCUGGCAGGAAAGGCUCUGCAGCAGGCCAAUCUACGCUCCUCUCGCGGCCAGCUGCAGCGAGGAAGCGGCCGCACCCUCUCGCGGCAGGACACCUUCGACUCCGAGACCCAGGGCAGUCGCGACUCGGCCUACACGGAGGCCGGCGACUCCUGCAUGGACAUUGAAACGGAUCCUUACGAGGAGCCGGAGCCGUACAGGGCAGGAGGCGGGAGCCGGCUUCACCUGGCGCAGCACCACGGCCGCCAAGCGUCCUGGGAAGAUGAGGGGGCCGAACCGGACCAGGAGAACCUGAACCACCCUGUGCAGAGCCAGACUCAGGUGCAUGGACGAGCCAAGCUGAGGGAGCGCUACUGCCAAGAGGCGCCCGACGCCAACACUGGUCGCAACAAGAACCAGGACGACUGGGGCCGGGACGUGUACAUCCGCUGAGGGGAGGGGGCCGGAGCACAGACUGAUGAGACCAGAGGAGGGUUUCAGAGGGGGCCACGCCAGUCAGGCUAUCAAAACAAUCUGUUUACAUCCAGUAUAAUGUACAGAAACACGUCAGCUGCCAUUCUCUCACUUCUUCUUCUUCUUCUCCUUGGAAUUUAUUUCCGUUUAGAAAGGUGGAUUUUUGUUUCCUCUGUUGCAUGAUUAUCAUAGACUUGUACACAAACACCACGAGGACAGUGACUGUGACUCUACGAUGGUGUGGAUUUCUAGAGCUGUUUGUCCCCGUCAGUCUUAAAACAGGGUCCCGUCUUUGUACAGAGUUAGGAUUCAGGGUCUUCAUCGCCCUGGCGCGGCAGUUGCCAUAUUUAACCACGAGAAUGAAUCGCUUACGUCCGCUCCAAAGAUGUUGACUUACACUCUGUCGAACCGCCUCUCUAACUGCCCUCUUCUCCUUCGUGGGCGCUCGCCGCGGUGCGAAUGAUGUGUCCCGCCUUAGCCAACACUCAAGAAUCACAAGUGCCGGAAUGUCUCACCAAGCCAUGUCCACCGCUGUCUUAACUCCCCCGUGUCUGUGCGGUCGGUGUCCCCCCUGCCUUUCUUUUCUUUGUACCAGCUUUGUCGUCUGUUUCAGGGCUUCAUGUUGAAACUUUGAUCUGAUAUUUAUCACGACUUCCCGACUUUGUGUUGUCCUGUUCUGUGGACACUCUAGAUUUAUUUGAUUCACUUCUUGGUCGUAACAGAGAAUCCACGAUUGUUCCUGUGGGCUUCCUCGACCGGAGCCCUGUCUUCAGUUUAAUAAAUGGAUAUUUUGAAAAAAAAUUAAAAAAAGAUCAGUGAACAAUGUCAUUGUUGCGUUAUCGCAAUUGUUAUUUAAAGAAGAAAAAAAAAGCAAAAGGAACCCACAUGUAUCAUUGGUGCCUCAUUGUAGCUACGUUACGCUUUUUUUCUGCCUUUCAUUUUUAG